UACCGCAGUUCAGCGGCGCUGAGGCAGCUGUCCCGAGGCAGGUGGAGGGUUACCGCGGGUAAAAUGGUGCACCGAGACGAGAUCCUGAAGCCAGUAUGGCACGCGUUUGCUGCCCUGGACGUAGACCGAACUGGCAAAGUCUCCAAAUCCCAGCUUAAGGUUCUGUCUCAGAACCUGUGCACGGUGCUGAAGAUCCCUCAUAAGACCUCCGAUCUGGAGGAGCACUUUAAGGAUGAUGACGAGGGUCCAGUGUCCACUCAAGGCUACAUGCCCUAUCUCAACCGCUUCAUCCUGGACAAGGUCCAGGGCAACUUUGAUUUUAUGGAGCUGAACAGAAUGUGCUGGACGUUGUGUUCUCGUAAGAAAGCCAACUUUAGCAUGCUCAUCUCAGACAAUGAUGCCUUCAAAGUCUGGUGUAUUUUCAACUUCUUGUCUGAAGAACAUUAUCCCCUAGUUAUAGUCAUAGAAGAGAUUGAGUAUUUCCUGCGGAAGCUGAUAGAAGCCAUAGGUAGUGACUGGAAUGAGGGUAGAUUUGUGGACUACAAGGUUCAACUAAGCGCAAAGAAGAAUUGUUUACGUGUCUGGGAGCUUAUUGAGCUGGUGGGCAUGAGCUACUUUACCAAGGGCAUGGAGCGCCAGACGAUCUCUAUGGGCAUCAAUGAAGUCUUUCAGGAGCUCAUUCUCAAUAUUCUGAAACAGGGCUAUAUGACCAAAAAAGGCCACAAAAGAAAAAACUGGACCGAGCGCUGGUUCGAGCUGCGUCCCGAUUCACUCUCGUACUAUGAAAGUGAGGAUCUUCUUGAGCAGAAAGGCUAUAUUUUGCUUGAUCGUCACUGUUCUGUAGAGUCUUUACCAGAAAAAGAUGGGAAGAAAAACCUCUUCAUCAUCAAAUCCGCAGAAAAAAGUUUGGAGAUCAGUGCUCCUGACAAAAAGAAACGGCAAGAGUGGAUUCAAGCUGUGCAGGAUUGCAUUAACCGGCUGAGACACGGUCUGUCUGCCCCGCACCGCGAGGCUCGGCAGCGGCGCAAGGAGCUCCGCAGUCGGUUGCAGGCAGAGCAGGACCAGAUGGAGGGCAGGAUGAAGGAGCUGCAGCUGGCCAACGAAAGGAAGCAAAGCCAACUGGAGACCAUGAGGAAGAACCUGGAGGAGGCAGCUGCAAGGGCUGCUAUGGAGGAGCAAAGGAGAAUUCGGACCCAGGCAGAUCUGCAAAACCGGUACAGGAUGGACUUGGAAAGAGAAAAAAUGGUGCGGAUGCAGAUGGAGGAGCAGAUGGUUCAGAAGUCCAGUGAAAUGGAGCAGUAUCUGCAGCGUAUGCAGGAGCUGGAGGACAUGUACCGUCGUCUGGAGGAGGCACUAGAGGAGGAGAGACAGUCUAGACAGGAUGAAGAGGUCCUUCGCAAACUGCAGGCGAGGCUGCUGGAAGAGGAGGUCAGUAAGCGGGCUGAGCUAGAGCAGAGCCACCUGCAGCAACAGCUUGCCAUGUCCCAGACCCAGAUGGAGAAAGAGCAGUUGGAGAGUCAGAGGCUGGAACAGGAGCGCACCCUGCAGGCUGCCAUGAUGCAGCUUGAGAGUCUUGAACGACAGAGACAGGGAGCGCUGGAGCAGUAUGAGGAGGUUACAAAGAAACUGGAGCAGGCCACUAACAAGACAAGGAGCUGGAAGGAUAAAGUCGCCCAACAUGAGGGGCUUAUUCGACUCAUUCAACCAGGGAACAAGUGUCCCCAGAAGAUGACCAACUGGGGCGCCGCAGCGUUCACCGAGACUGAGCUGAAGGUGAGGGAGAGGUCUUGGCAGGAGAACAAGAACAAGCCAGGCAACGCACUGUAAAAAUGAUCUGUGUUUACAUGUUGACACGUGUAACAUAAUACAAAUUUCUGAACCCUG